AUGCCUGAGCUUUUAAGGUAUGCUAAAUUAGCUAUAGAGAAAGGACUUGCACAGGGUCGUGAUGGAUCUUAUAUAAAAGAACUUUUUGACUAUAUAGUUCCAGCUUUAGUUGAAGCUUUACAUAAGGAGCCUGAUACAGAAACUUGUGCAAAUAUGUUGGAUGCUUUGAAUGAAUGUCUAGAGAUUUAUGGACAAGUUUUAGAUGAAAAUCAAGUGAGAAGCAUUGUUGAUGAAAUAAAACAGGUGAUUACAGCAAGUUCAAGCAGAAAAAAAGAAAGAGCUGAAAGGACAAAUGCUGAAGAUUUUGAUGCAGAAGGAGAGCUUCUUAAAGAACAAAAUGAGCAAGAAGAAGAAGUCUUUGACCAAGUUGGUGAAAUUUUGGGAACUUUGGUGAAAACAUUUAAAGCUUCCUUUUUACCUUUCUUUGAUGAGUUAUCAUCUUAUAUAAUGCCCAUGUGGGGCAAGGAUAAGACAACAGAAGAGAGACAAAUUGCUAUUUGCAUCUUUGAUGACAUGGCAGAGCAGUGUCGCGAAGCGGCUUUAAAAUAUUAUGAUACAUAUAUCCCUUUCCUUCUUGACGCAUGCAAUGAUGAGAAUCCAGAUAUCCGACAGGUUCUUUCAAGGCUAAACUUUGUAAUAAGACACCCAAAUGCCCUCCAGCCUGAUAAUAUAAUGGCAUACGAUAAUGCGGUUUCUGGUUUAGGAAAAGUUUGCAUGGGUGGGGUGGAUUGGAGAUUGCAGUUAAGCUUCUAUCUAAGACUUCAUGCCAAGGACUUGAUGAAUUUAAGCUAG